AUGACCUCACCCGAGCACACUCCGCAUCUGGUACUGGAACGAGGGUGCUCGCUUCUGUUCCCCGUGGCGCCAGGUUCCAUGCUUCCUCCAGCGUCCCCGUUCCUGGUCGCUAGGUCAUCGGCACCCGGAGUACCCGUUCCCCCCGAGCCCUUCCCCGGUGUGUUUCUCCGCGUGCCGGAUGUGAUGGCGUUCUUCUUUCUCGCGACUCACCGUCUGGAUCCGGUUCACUUCCCUGCCGGCGUCGCCUGUUUCCGCCUUGAGGUGGUUCCGAGGAAGUUCGUUGACGUUCACCCGAUGUAGUAGCGUCAUCCGAUAAUCCGCUACCCUCGCGAGCAGAUGGUCUGCGCCGCCUUGGCGUUCCUAGUGAUUGGCUUCUUUCCCCGGGUCUUACU